AUGAAUGCUAGAGAACAUAGACAAAAGCGAAAACAAUGGAAAGAAAAUAGUAAAGUAUAUAUUAAUAAAAAAGCUAUAGCACACCGAAAUUUACAAAGAAUACUUGAUGAUACACCCCCACUAAGUCCAAUAUCAGUUGUGCAGCAAAUUAGAGAAGAUGUAGCUGCUCGAAAUAGACGACAGAUGCGAAAGCGACGAGCUAUUUUGUAUGCAAAGAUUGUAACUUUGGAAAAAAGAAUGAAGAAUGCGGUGAAGUUAAGCGAAAAAUACAAGAAGAGGUAUUUGAGACUGAAAACACAAAAAAACUGA